AUGGAUUCAUUACACCCGAAAGACCUGCUCCAGGUCGCGUACGACGAGGUCACGGAUGAUGACACCAUUGAGGGUGGUGGUAGCACCGCAUGUCUGGCUGUUGCCGAACCGGAUGGCAACGUCGAGGUAGCCAACCUGGGAGAUUCAGGAUUCAUGCAUCUCGGACUCAAUGCCGUACGACAUUUCACGCAGCCUCAGACGCACGCCUUCAACACCCCGUAUCAGCUUUCCAAAACUCCCCAGCGCAUGCUCGUGCAAAUGGCCGUAUUCGGAGGCCCAUCCACACUCUCGGAUAUGCCAAAGGAGUCGAGUAUAACGCACCACAAAGUACGCCAUGGCGAUGUUCUCCUGUUUGCAACCGAUGGUGUGUGGGACAACCUGAGCCCACAGGAUGCGCUCGGUAUUGUCAGUCGUCACAUGGUCGACCUGGGUGCUUGGGUCGAGAAAGAUGGCACCAUUGAGGUUGGACAGGAUCUAGCAAAGCUGGUACAGGCCGACUCAGCUCGUAAAGCUGAUAGCUCCUCCCUCCAAGCCAAGGUGGCUGUUGCGGUCGCGAAGGAGGCAAAGGUGACGGGGCUUAACACUCGUCGGGAUGGCCCCUUCGCCAAAGAAGUGCAACGAUACUACCCUGGGGAGAAUUGGCACGGUGGCAAACCGGACGACAUUGCUGCCGUGGUAGCUGUCGUGCUUGAGGAUGCACCGCAGCGCGCAAAGCUAUGA